UAAGAAAUAAUCAUAAGAAAAUAUUUAUAAAAAAUCAGCAAUCCGAUAUAUCGAUAGUAAAACAUCUUCAACUUGUCACAUCGUUAAGAAAUACCAAUCAAUGCACAUCUCUAUUAGACAUUUGGUCAAUUGCAAUUUGAUGAAUUUUCAAAUGAAAAACACUGCAUAAACCACAUGAGAAUAACCUAAGAUAAGGAAAUGAGUGAUCCAGAGAAUGAGUCGAAGCCUAAUAAGCGCGGACCCAAACAUAUGCGACUGCGCUAUUAUACGUCCUAUGAGGAGGCCACAAUUGUGAAGUUGUGGCGCGAGCACUUGCAAGAAAUCACUUCGUACACGGAGAAUUUGGCAAUAUUUCGAGAGAUUGCCUUUGGACUGCAACAGCACCGCAUAAGGCUGAAUAAGCAAGAAGUGCGACGACGCAUUAGCAGUUAUCGCAAUAAGUAUUUAGUCGAACGCAGUCGCUAUGAAAGCGAUCCACAGUACAAAUCAGAUUGGCGCUUGUAUAAACUUGUCGACUGCCUCUUCCAGUCGGCAGCAACUGCCACGCCACUCGUCAUAACGGAACGGAAAUGGAUUGAGGAUUUAGAAUCGAAAAUCCGUAUCGAAUUGCCCACGUUGCCUCGCUUCAAUCGCCACGAUUGCAGGACGCUGAAAUUCGAAAUGGAUCCGAACGGCUGCCCCUUCUUUGAGGGUCAGGCAGCCGCUGCACAGGUGAAGGCUGAGGUGCCUACAAUGUUGGACUCACCCAAGCCAAUAAUAAAGACUGAAAUGAAGACAGAAAUGGAGCCACUGCAGUCAAUGCAAACAGAGAAACGUUCGCCCUUAACGCCCGCCAAUCGUACACUAGAACCACAAUUGCUAUCGCAACAAUCGCCCGGUCUGGAGUUCGGCCAAUCCACGGUGCGCCGUUCCCGUCGUCGUAGCAUAAUGCCACGCACGGGCCAAAUAACAUUAGCACAAAUCGAAAGAUUGCGCAAAGAGAAUCAAAUGCUAGCCGAGCAGCGGGACGCGAAUCUGGCGGAUUUGGCUUUGAAGGAACGCGAAUAUCAGCAGUUGGAGCAAACGUUUGACUUUUGGCUGCAUCAGCAGGAAACGUGGAUGACCUACCUAGAUGAGCGUGGCGUAAAGUAAAACUGAUAGUCCCCUUUCUAGUCUAUAAGUUGACAAUUAACUGGGUUAAAGUUGAAUUGCUUCUUAGCUUUCAUUUCGCUUUCCUUUUUGCGUUCCGGUUCUUCGGAUUUUCCCUUGUUCAAAUUAGUGAUUAAGAAACUAAAAUAAGUUGGCAAUU